UCAAGAUUUUUAACUUUCAAUGCUUAGGGUUUCCCAAUUUGAGUAGUGAAAAACAUCAAUUAAUGGCGGAUGAAAGCAUAUCUAGUAGGGUUACAAGAGCUUCUGCUGAGAAAUUGGUUGCUGAAAGGAGAUCUAAGAAAAUCCAUGAUCCUGUCAGAAUCAGAAAUCCUUCAACUGUUAAUUUGGAGAAAAAAAAUGAUUCUGAUACUGCCACAAAGAGGAGAAAAACAUCCGAUGUUGCUUCUAGUAGCAAAGGGAAGAAUGUUGUAGAGACAGAUACCGGAGAACAACAAUUAACUGUGAACAAGCAGGCCUCCAAAUUCCUGGUUAAACGCCCCCCCACUCAACCGAUACGUUAUGCUUCAUAUAUGAACCAUAACAUUAAAGAUGAGUUGAAGGACAAACUGACCGAUAGACAAUUCAAGCUAUUUUCCAAAACUAUUUUUGGACAAUAUAUGCAGAUGCAAGUUGACACUGAGGUGCAGGGUCAGUUAUUUAGGUGUUUUAUGGUUAGGGAGUUGAAGCGUAGUAAUAGUGAUGCGUUUGUUAUCGAUAUUAAUGGGACGGAAUUGACAUUCGGUCUUUUUGAGUUUGCUUUAAUUUGUGUUUUAAAGAUGACUUUAAAUAAGUGCUUUGAAGACAAGGAUUGGGGUGUUGGUGAUAACGCAGAUGAAGAUGCUGUAAAGAUUGCGAUCCUGUAUUUCAUUCAUAAUUACAUACUUUCAAGUGAAAAAAGGAACGUCACAGUCCCAAGACAUCAUUUUGACUUGGUGGAGAGUGAACAGUACAAUGAAUAUACAUGGGGUAAGGAAGCAUUUGAUGAUUUGAUUAAGAGUAUUCACCACAAGAUGGACAAGCCGAAGCAGUUUUAUUGUCUACGGGGUUUUCCUUUUGCUAUGCAAGUGUGGAUAUAUGAGUGCUGCUCUAAUGUUGACCCUAAUUUAAUGGUUAAAACCGGAAGCCGAAUCCCAAGAAUGUUUAAUUGGAGAACAGUGAACCAAAAGCCAUCAGUUAACUACUUGAUGUUGGGCAUGUUUAAGGACGGUGAGAGAGGUUCUAAACUGACAGUUCACAAUAUAUUUAUGUGCUGGACAUUCUUAAAUUCAACAACAUUGUUCCGACCAUGUUAG